GACCUCCUUUUGUGUCGCUAGGCAACAAGAGGUCGGAUUACCUGUGAACCGUUCAUAAGGUCCUGGCAGACUUAGUUGCUUGUCUUUACUUUCUCAGCACCUGUAUACUUGUUUUCGUCAACGUUAUGCCGCCGAAAAAGCCUGUAGUCAAGGCAGGAGCCAAACCAAAGCCCAAGGGGGCGACAGGAGCUAGCUCUGGAGCGAAAAAGCCAGCAGCAGGUGCUCCUGCCAAAGCCACAGCGGCCCCUGCAGCCACUGCUAAAGAAAAACCCGAAGAACCUAAGGAGAUACCGGAAGUGAAGAUAGUCCUCAAGCAGCUGAUCGACGUGCUGAUGAAUGAUACAGGCGACAAGAUCAAAGAGUCGGGAAAAUGGCCUCUUGUUAUUGACGAGUCGGACCGAGUGUCCACCUUCCUGCGGUACCAGGACACAAACUACCUGAAUGCCAAAAACCCCGGGGACAUGGAGCCGGAGAGGAUACGCAUGGCGAUUAUCGGGGCGAUCAGGUUCGGGAAGCCGGUAGUGCUGGACAUGAUGGACACGCACAUGUUUCACGCCGCCGCCGACAAGUUUGAUGUCGUGCAGAAGGGCCUUCUGGAGUCCGUGAUGACCAAGGACAUCCUUGUAGAUCAGAAAUACACGUCUCUGGUGAAGGACACGGACCCCGAUGAGUACACGGAUCAGUCCUCCGCGUUCCGUCACGGCAUGGUGGACGGCUUCAGGUUCAUCCUCAUCACCAGCAUGGCCUCCCCAUCUCCCGAACUCAUGCAGAGGAUGUACGUCAUCAGGGUGCAGUAAUCCGACGUCUCACCCUCCUGCCUAUGUGUGGAGG